AUGCCAGUCCCUUCAGACAAAAGAGGCAGGGAAUCAAUUGGAUGCCAGUCCCUUCAGACAAAAGAGGCAGGGAAUCAAUUGGAUGCCAAUCCCUUCAGACAAAAGAGGCAGGGAAUCAAUUGGAUACCAGUCCCUUCAGACAAAAGAGGCAGGGAAUCAAUUGGAUGCCAGUCCCUUCAGACAAAAGAGGCAGGGAAUCAAUUGGAUGCCAGUCCCUUCAGACAAAAGAGGCAGGGAAUCAAUUGGAUGCCAAUCCCUUCAGACAAAAGAGGCAGGGAAUCAAUUGGAUGCCAGUCCCUUCAGACAAAAGAGGCAGGGAAUCAACUGGAUGCCAGUUCCUUCCGACAAAUGAGGCAGGGAAUCAAUUGGAUGCCAGUCCCUUCAGACAAAAGAGGCAGGGAAUCAAUUGGAUGCCAGUCCCUUCAGACAAAUGAGGCAAGGAAUCAAUUGGAUGUCAGUUCUUUCAGACAAAAGAGGCAUGGAAUCAAUUGGAUUCCAGUCUCUUCAGACAACAGAGGCAGGGAAUCAAUUGAAUGUCAGUCACUUCAAACAAAUGUGUUAGUUAAUUACCAAAUCAAAUUAGAUGAAAAAAUUCCAACUAUUUCUCUUUGUUCUUUUCUUUGCCUUUUUUCAUCACUUUUAUUUUCUUCUUUAUACUCCUUUCCUUCUCUUCAUUCUUUCCAUCUUCUUUUUUCCUUUCCUUCUCUUCAUUCUUUCCAUCUUCUUUUUUCCUUUCCUUCUCUUCAUUCUUUCCAUCUUCUUUAUACUCCUUUCCUUCUCUUCAUUCUUUCCAUCUUCUUUUUUCCUUUCCUUCUCUUCAUUCUUUCCAUCUUCUUUUUUCCUUUCCUUCUCUUCAUUCUUUCCAUCUUCUUUUUUCCUUUCCUUCUCUUCAUUCUUUCCAUCUUCUUUUUUCCUUUCCUUAGUUUUCUUUUUUUUAAUCUUUUCAUUUCUUCUUUCCUCCAUUUUCCUCUUUCUUAUUCUUUACUGUUUCUUUUCUUCUUCUAG